GUCACGCCAGCCACAAAACCCCACCAUCCCCCCUCUGUAAAAGCACAGCGUACUCUACACAUCAUCACUAUAGCUUUAACUUUGAAUCCUUUUUAUGUUCCAUUUUAUGGCACACAUUUGAAUACUCUACUCUUGUUCUUACUCAUCAUCAACUUUGCCAAAUGAGUUCAACAAAUCUGAUCUUCAUUUCGGUUUUCUCAGCUGUUUUUGUCUCAACAACCCUGUUCAGCACCUGCUCCUUUGCUCUCACUGAAGAUGGGUUAACUUUGUUGGAGUUUAAAGAAAGUUUGAAUGACAGUAGGAAUGUUCUGAGUGAUUGGGUGAAUAAUGAUGAAACCCCAUGUCAAUGGACUGGUAUCACAUGUUAUCAGAGUGACCAAAGAGUUCUAGCCAUAAACUUGCCUUAUAUGGAUAUUGGAGGGUUUAUAUCUCCAAGCAUUGGUAAACUCAGUAGAUUACAAAGACUGGCACUUCACCAGAACAGAUUACAUGGUAUAAUUCCUAAUGAAAUUGGUCAAUGUGUUGAACUAAGAGCUGUGUACUUGAGGGCUAAUUAUCUUCAGGGUGGCAUUCCACCAAAUAUAGGAAAUCUUUCCCUUCUUAGUAUACUGGAUUUGUCAAGCAAUACUUUAAAGGGAGCGAUACCUUCAUCCCUUGGUCAUCUCAUUCGUCUCCAGUACUUGAACUUAUCGACAAACUUUUUUUCUGGUGAAAUUCCAAAUUUUGGAGCACUAACCAAGUUUGGAAACAAUUCGUUUAUUGGUAAUUUAGACCUGUGCGGGCAGCAAAUACACAAACCGUGUAAAACGUCGUUGGGAUUCCCUGCGGUCUUACCGCAUGCAGAAAGUGAUGAAGCAGCAGUGCCUAAACGUUCAUCUCGUUCUCUGAAAGGAGCACUGAUCGGUGUUGUUACCGCUUUGGCACUAGCCGUUGUGUUCUUUGUAUUCCUAUUAGUCUGGAUGCUUACAAAGAAAGAAAGGGCUGCAAAAAAAUACGUGGUUGUCAAGAAACAAGUUCAUCAAGAAACAAGCACACAACUUAUAACAUUCCACGGUGAUCUUCCUUACCCUUCAAGUGAAAUUAUAGAGAAGCUCGAGUCACUUGAUGAUGAACAUGUGGUCGGGUCUGGUGGGUUCGGGAUCGUGUACAGAAUGGUGAUGAACGAUUGCGGCACGUUUGCGGUUAAAAGGAUUGAUCAAACCCAAAAAGGUCAAGAUCAAGCAUUUGAACGUGAACUGGAAGUAUUGGGUAGCGUUAAACAUAUGAAUCUUGUGAAUCUACGAGGAUAUUGUCGGUUUUCUGACUCGAAGCUUCUUAUCUACGAUUAUGUGGCCAAUGGUAGCCUUGAAAGUUUCUUACAUGAACGUCGGGAUGGAGGUCAAACAUUAAGUUGGAAAGCUCGUUUGAAAGUAGCUUACGGUUCAGCUCGGGGAUUGGCUUAUUUGCACCAUGAUUGUAGUCCUAAAAUAAUUCACCGAGAUAUAAAAUCUAGUAAUAUUCUUCUCGAUGAAUAUCUCGAGCCUUGUGUUUCCGAUUUUGGUCUCGCUAAGCUUUUGGUAGAUGAGGAAGCUCAUGUAACCACUGUCGUUGCCGGCACUUUUGGCUAUCUCGCACCAGAGUAUCUGCAAAGCGGGCGAGCCACUGUGAAGUCCGAUGUUUAUAGCUUUGGGGUUUUGUUACUAGAGCUUAUAACAGGAAAGAGACCGACAGAUCCGGCUUUCGUGAAACAAGGCCUAAACGUUGUUGGUUGGUUGAACACGUUGAGGAAAGAGAACCAGUUGGAAGACGUGGUGGACAAGAGGUGCACCGAUGCAGAUGCUUCAACUGUAGAAGCAGUUCUAGAGAUAGCAGGGCGGUGCACCGAUGCGAACCCGGAUCACAGACCGUCGAUGCAACAGGUGUUGCAGUUUCUCGAACAGGAGGUGAUGUCACCCUGCCCAAGUGACUUCUAUGACUCCCAUUCAGAUUAUGCUUGAUUCAAUGACAUUAGUUUGUGGAGGAUUUCUUGAUAAAAAUUUCUAAAUUAAGUUUCCGAUUUUGUUCCCCUUGGCUGGGACUUGUAUGUAUAGCAAUGUUUUGGGACCAAAAGAUUCUGUUCAAUGUCCAUUCACUUCUACCCAAAAAAAUGAAUGCAUGAGUGAACUGAACCUUUGGUUUAAAUUUAUAAAUGGUUUGAACCGGAUCAGGACGAGAACAGACUGUACGUAACCUGUCCGGUUUCAGUUCGCUCCCCCCCUUCAGUCUUAGGCAAGUUGUGUGGAACAUUGCUAACAUAAUGCCUUUUGGGUGGUGUUUGCAGCCGAGAAUAUUUUUUGUAACUUUUUUAUUUUAACAUGUGUAUAAAGUAAGAGAUAUUUAAAUUA